AUGUAUCCGCAACUAUCGCCUACUCGUCAAUUUAUAUAUCAACCAAUAAUCAAUUCCAAUCUUACACAUGCAAUUCUAUGCAACCAAAGCUCUGGCCAUCAGCUCCAUAUUGGACUUCCGCCUGCUACUCCCAAACACCAUACAUACAAAGAUAAGCAACCAACAUCGUCACCACAUUUAAAAGGUACUCACAAGAUAAAAAAUACAACGAAACCAGUAAAAAAUCCGGAGGCUCUACCCAAUAAUGCUGGCCUACCUCCUAAACCACGGACCUUUUCAAGACGUCAAGGACGAUUACGUCGGACCUCAAGCGUCGAAAAUAAUGCUCCACAAAAUCUCAUACCGUUGCCGAGCUCGUUAUCUGCCGGUAAUGUGCAUGAUCGUAUGCAAAGCGAACGGAGAUCUCAUACAAUGGCGCCAUUCGCUCGCAUAACAGGUCCUAGUAGUAGUCCAAGAGCGAAAUUAUUUGCCAGUGCUACCGCACCUAUGGAUGUUCAUGUUCCACAAAGCAGCGCUGUGACAACGCAAGGUACAAUCUCAACCAGGACGUCGAUUUGCUCGAGAAGAUCAGACGCUGAUAUGACUGAUGAUGAUGCCACUGUAAUCGUUAGGGUUCGAUAUGAUCCUGACAUAGCUCCUCCACCUUCUGAAGAGGCAGUGCGAGAAGCAGUCAACAACCAAUUAAUGCAAAGAACAGGUCCAAAUAAGAAAAAAGAUCCCAUUAUCGUCGAUUUUAUGAGACAAAAUAUUCAACCGAAUAUACCUGUGCGACCACCACAGCCAAUUUUUAAUCGGUCGGUUCAACCCUUUCAACAACGUCCUUCUCUUCGAAUACCAAUUGCUCCUCAACAGUUGCGACUACAAAGAAAUCCCUUUCCUCUGCCAAGGCCUACUCGACCACCUCCUCUCAUGCCUUCUGGACUUCCAAUCCAACAUUUACAGCAAAAUACAUACGUUCGCCCAGUUCAACCUGUACCGCUUAUAAGGCAGCAAACAUUUCCGUUCCGGACACCUCUAAAUCGGCCUCGAGAUACUAUAAAUCCACCUCUACCAGUCUUAAGUCCGUUACGAUUAAUUCCACCUCAUCGAACAGGUGUUUUUCUCUAG